GAACCUAAUCAAUACAUUUGCAUCCCUGGUCCAGCCGGUUAAUUUUUUGCACAAGCGCUGGACAGAAAACUGAAAUAAAACGGCUUAAAGUGAGAUAUAAUCAAUAGCCACCAUUGUAAAUAAACAGUUAGGCAACGGGCUAUUGUUGGCAAAUCAGUUUCCAGCGCGCAACCCACUGAAUUUGGAACAAGUCGGCCAGUUCGGCCCGCAAUUUUCCCACGGGGGUGUGUGUAUAACAAAAUGGCGUCCUCGCAAGUCUCAAACAAAUCGGGCUCCGGUUGGCCGCGCCGCGGCAGCCAAGGCCAAGCGGACGCAGCCAGCAGCAACAACAACGGCACCCAGAAGUACACCAACCAGGCGCUGACCAUCAACCGAACGAUCAAUCUUUACCCCCUGACCAACUACACAUUCGGCACCAAGGAGCCGCUCUUCGAGAAGGACCCAUCGGUUCCGUCCAGAUUCCAGCGGAUGCGCGAGGAGUUCGACCGGAUCGGAAUGCGCCGGUCCGUCGAGGGAGUGCUCCUCGUCCACGAGCACGGACUGCCACAUGUCCUGCUCCUGCAGCUGGGCACCACAUUCUUCAAACUGCCGGGCGGCGAGCUGAAUGCUGGAGAGGAUGAGGUCGAGGGUCUGAAGCGAUUGCUCUCCGAGACGCUGGGUCGUCAGGACGGCGUGAAGCAGGAGUGGAUUGUCGAGGACACAAUUGGAAACUGGUGGCGGCCGAACUUUGAGCCACCGCAAUAUCCGUACAUUCCGCCGCACAUCACCAAGCCCAAGGAGCACAAGCGGCUCUUCCUCGUUCAGCUGCACGAAAAGGAUACGGACGGGAACGCCAGUUACGAUGUACCCUGAGCUGUUCCAUUAGCGCCGUGUGUGUGUCGUAUCUACCCAACUCAAUUCUCAAGAGUGCAAUGCCAUAGAACAACAAUCGAGCAAACAGAACAAGUCAAAAAGAACAGAAAAGAAACAAACAAACAAACAAAGAAACAGAUCGCAAAGCGGGCGCAGGCGACAUCUUAGAUAGUUUUGAUUCUAGUCAAGUUUUUAAGCCAAAUUGUUACCAUAUUGUUGCUCAGGACGGCGUGUUGGCAUAUUUUGUUUUCUCCGACUCUUGUCAUCCGAAAUUCAAAGAUUGUUCUUGUACUUAAUUUUGUAAAUAUGUCGACAUACUUGUGAGACUGAGCGCAGCCUACUUACCUAUUUAUUUAUCUGCUAACUUCUACUCUUACUUUUGUCAACUGUCAUGUGUUGUUCAUCUUAAGGUUGUUGUGUAAUUGGUUGUACCAAACCGAUCCACCGGGCAGGCAGCAGAGAGCAUUGUAACGUUGCUGGCUGCCGCAGUUAUGCGCACAAAUCUCGCGUGUCUUGCAGAUUUGCGUGCAUGCAGUGCAGCCAGGUCGCCAGUCGCUCCUUAAAUUAAGCACUCGUUUAUGUAAACACAAGCAAAAUACUCUGUUUAUACUUUCUUUGGCCCAUAUUUGCUAAUGCUUACCGCCUUCGCUGUGCGCUGACAUGACUUCAAGUCCAUUAGCUGAAUCAUUUCGGCGCACAAAACGAACCGCGCACAUAUCAUGUAAAAUGUUGCUCUUAAUUGAAAUUAUGUUGAUAUCUGAAACUAGAAGACUUUGCUUCACAGCGAAUCCUAUUCAUUAGUCUAACGAAUCCAACUAUGAAUGUAAAACAUAACGCAUACGGCAGCGAAUCGAUUUUUAAUAUGUAAAUUGUACAACCGAUUGUAAUACCCCUAGAUAAUAUACAUAUAUUCUGUGAAUUUGAA